UGCUGCUCUUCGAGUGGAUGGUGUGGUGACACGGGUGACCACUGCGGCGCCAACUGUCUGCCAGAGUUUGGUAUCUGCCCGGUUGCGGACAAGCCGCCGAGCAGCGAUGGCACUUGCGGUGGUACGCAAGGGUUUACCUGCAUCUGCUCGGGACUUGGCGACUGUUUCUCGCAGUAUGGAUGGUGUGAUUCUUCCAUAGAUCAUGGUGGUACUGGCUGCCAGAGCGGGUUCGGA